AUGCAGUUGCCGCGGGGUAUUAAAGAGACACUGAUUACCGUCAAGUACGAACAACAGGCAGAACUGGCAAAAGCACUCGGCGCAGAUCAUGUCGUGAACAUCAAUAACACCGAUGUGCGAGAAUACGUCAAGGAUGUCACAAACGGCAUCGGUUUUGAUGCGGUAGUUGAAACGGUAGGAGGGGCAGAGAAUUUCGAUACUGCCAUGACUAUCGUUCGGAAACAAGGAGCUGUUGUGCUCGUCGCCGGAUACUACAAACCGCUUGAGGUGAAUCUCUCUACUAUCGUUUGGUCGGAGGCGACCAUUACGGGUUCUAACUGCUACGGUUAUAGCGGGAUGGAAACCGACUUUGAGGCGGCAAUUGAGUUGAUUGACUCCGGCAAGGUCGAUGCUACAAAAUUGGUAACACACUCCUAUCCGUUUGAGGAGAUCGCUGAAGCGUUCCGUGUGUCUGCCGAUAAGUCCUCCGGCGCGGUUAAGGGCUACCUCGGUCCUUACAAGCUCUGUAGUCCUGAAAAGAUGCUCACCAUGCAUUCGGAAAUCGAGAAAGUACUUGAAACUGCACCGCCGGAUCACAACCACUUGGAGCAUAACCGCCAUCUUGACUCUGUAUUAAUUAACAAUCUUGCCACGCAUCCGGCUAUCAUCAAGCGGAUGGCAUCUCUCUACGGACCCGAUCUGCUGCUCUGGCGGACGAACUUUUUCAUCAAGGAACCAGGCGCGAAAGAGAUUCCGUGGCAUCAAGACUUCAACUACUGGCCCCUUGAACCACCUAUUAUUAUUUCUGCAUGGAUUGCUGUCGAUUCCGCAACGUUAGAAAAUAGUUGUCUCCAAAUCGUUCCCGGUUCACACCGUAAAGUGGUACCGCACGUGAAAGCAACCUCGGACAUGGCGUUCAAUCAGAUGGGUGAUCUUGGAUUCAUUGAUACCAGCACUAUCGUCAGCCUUGAGAUGCAACCGGGCGAAUUUGUCCUCUUUAAUGAGCGUACUUGCAUCACUCAGAAGCAAAUCGCUCUGAUAAACGGCGUAUCGGUUUAG